AUGGAUCUGUUACCAACAUAUUGUCCUAACAAAUCAAAGACGUUCUUGUCUGCUCAGUGGGCAUUCGGGAUUACCCAUGUUGGUCAAUGUUUCGCCGGUGGCGUUAGUGAAUUUCAGGAAAUAUUAUGCAAGUAUGCCGUUGAACGCGGGUUUCAAUUCAAAUAUUUGAAGAAUGAUUCAGUUUGCAUUACGGCGGUUUGUAAGUUUGCUGAGUCCACAGGAUGCGUGUGGUCAGUGCAUGCGAGGGUGUUGUCAUUGAACGGGAUUCUAUGCGUUAAGAAGUUGGAUAGUGUGCACAAUUGUGGAGCUGCUGUUCAAACACAUACAAACCCACGUACGGGGUCCGAUUUGGUUUCAAGCGUUGUCGCAAAUCGAGUGUGUGCUAAGCCACUGACGCGUCCUACGGACAUUGUUUUCGAUUUGAAAAAUGACUACGGUUUGGAUAUUAGUUACCGGGUUGCGUGGUUAGGGGUUGAGAAAGCAAGAGGUGUAGUAUACGGAGAUCACGCUAUGUCAUUCGACCAACUUAGGUGGUAUAGUGAAUCCGUUAUGGAAAAGAACCCAAACAGUUACAUUAACCUUGAAUUUCACCAACAAACUAGGAGGUUUGUUCGAUAUUUUAUAUCCUUCCAUGCAUGUAUAGAUGGGUUUAACCAUUGCCGGCCGUUACUCUUUUUGGAUGGCACGUUUCUCAAAGGUAGAUUCGAGGGGAAUUUGUUAGCUGCUACCGCGAAAGAUGGCAAUAAAGGCUUGUUUCCGGUGGCCUUCGCAAUUGUUGAUUCCGAAAAUCAACAAAAUUAG